GUCUGAAACUAGGAUCCCGGGAAAAGCUGGGCUAGCGGAAGAACCUGAGCUGAUGAGAAUCAACGCACUGGGAUCCGAAGCCCAUUAUUACAAAUUUCAUUUUUUCUUUCGCCUGGAGGCUGUGAUGAAGGCUCUUGCUACACAAAAAUCUAUGUGGCACCCAGGGUAUUAUAUAAGCCCUUGACAGGAGGGGAGAUAGUCCGGUCUGUGCGCUUCAGCCGCCGCAGUCGCAGUAGCCGCGGCGCAGCAGCGAGAGCCGCUCAGGUUGAUUUAGAACGCGGGUGACAGUGGCCUGGCGCGAGCCUACGGCUGACGACAGCGGCUGAUCCCACUCGGUUUCCAUGGAGACGGGCAGGAGCCGAGGCGGCGGCGCGGCUGUCAGCGAGCGCGGCGGCGCGCGCGCGGGGGUCUGCAGGAGGCAGGAGCAGGCCGGGGCCCUCGCUGCAGACAUGGACUCGCAUUGUGAGUGCGCCGCGGAGACGCCCGCCGCAGAGCCGCCGUCGGGGAAGAUCAAUAAGGCUGCGUUCAAGUUAUUCAAGAAGAGGAAAUCGGGGGGCACCAUGCCCAGCAUUUUUGGGGUCAAAAACAAAGGGGAUGGGAAGAGCUCGGGGCCGGCGGUGAUGGUGAGAAGCAGGACCCACGACGGACUAGCCGAGGUGCUGGUGCUGGAGGGCAGCAAGAAGGAGGAGCCGCCUGGCGGGAGCGAUCACAGCGGGGCCCGACCGAUCCCCGGACCCCCCAAAGCCUCCGGGCCUGGCCUGGGCUCCCUGGCCAGCAGCUCGGUGGGCAAGUCCCACAGCUUCUUCUCCCUGCUGAAAAAGAACGGGCGAUCGGAGACCGGCAAGGGAGACCAUGCCGAGGCGAGCAAGGCUGGCGGCAAACAAAAGAGGGGGCUGAAAGGGAUCUUCAGCAGCAUGCGCUGGCACCGGAGGGACAAGCGCGGCAAGGAGGAGGAGGAGAAGGCGGCGCGCGCGGCGGGCCCGGGCAGCCUAGUCCUGCCCGGCUCGCUCACCGCCAGCCUGGAGUGCGUCAAGGAGGAGCCGCCCCGAACCGCGCGUCGCCCGGACAGCCCGGGCCAGGACGCCCCGCGACACGCAGCAGGUGAGCCCGCAGGGGGAGAGCAGGCGCCCGCGUCCGCCGAGCGCGCCCCGGAGCGGACCUGCCUCGAGGCCUCGAGCCCCACCGGCCCUGGCGAUCAAAGCUCCCGGGGAGAGGACGCCGAGGGGCAUCGGCGCGCGGAGAAGCCCGGGGCAGCCCUCGAGUCCGGAGCCGGUGAGGUCCAGGCGGCCGAGGAUGCGUCCAGGACAGGUGACGUUCCGAUAAAGACCGUCCCCCUUGUCGACUCCGAAGGUGGCAGCGGCCGGGCGUCUGCUGUCCCUGACCCUUCCUCUGUUGAUCCACCCUCAGACCCGUCGGCAGAUCGUAUUUGUUUGAUGUUUUCUGACGUGACUUCACUGAAAAGCUUUGACUCUCUUACAGGCUGUGGAGAUAUUAUUGCAGACCCAGAAGAAGAGGCAGGCCCCAGCUGUGACAAGCAUGCCCCCGGGCCAGGCAAGCCAGUUCUCUCUAAAAAGAACCCCAGCGUGGUGGCCUACCAAGGAGGAGGGGAGGAGAUGGCCAGCCCAGAUGAGGUGGACGACACCUAUCUUCCGGAAUUCUGGGACAUGUUGUCCCAGACUGAGGACCAAGGGCAAGGAACCCAGGAGGGCGCCGCGAAGGCAGCCACUGCUUCGGACACCAAGUUGGCCCCUGAGACUUCCAAUGAUGCCCGGUGUGGGGAAGCAGCCAAGGACGUGUCCUCGGUCAAGCGCAGGAGGCUCCACAGGAUUCCCGUUGAGUCCCAGCAGAAGGAGGAGCCCAAACACCCAGAGAAGGAGCAUCAAGAAGGUGUCCCUAACAGCGAUGAGGGCUACUGGGACUCCACUACUCCUGGCCCAGAAGAAGAGAGCGUCAGCAACAGCAGCAGCAGCAGCAGCAAGAAGGUGGUCAUCCCCAGGGAGAGCAACAGUGGUGAUGUUCUCUGUGAUCUCUACGUUGAACCUGAAGCAAGCCCAGCGGCCCUUCCUGCCACAGAGGACCCACCCUGCUUGUCCCGGUUAAAGCCGGUGUCUCCAGGCACCAUCACCUGUCCUUUGAGAACACCGGGCAGCUUGCUGAAGGACUCUAAAAUCCCUAUUAGCAUCAAGCAUCUCUCCAACCUUCCGUCCAGCCAUCCGGUGGUGCACCAGCAACCAGCCAGGAGUGAGGUGCCCAGAACAAAAAUCCCUGUUUCCAAAGUGCUGGUCCGCAGGGUCAGCAACCGGGGCUUGGCUGGAACCACCAUCAGGGCAGCAGCAUGCCAUGACAGUGCCAAAAAGUUGUGAGGUCCCCAAGGCCAAGGAGGAUGGAUGGGCCAUAUGUUAAGGAAUACAACUUUCCCCUGGAAACCACUGAAGGAAAUUCGCUUUCUCCAAAGCAAAUCAUUUAGGACCCACCCUUCUCCAUAUGGCCUAGAAGUCUUUGUUGGAGACAGGGGGCAGGACACCCUGGAAGGGGGAUGUUACACCUGGAGUUCAGAUAAGUUUCUGAGAAUUCUUUUCUAGCACUUUCCUUUUUCUUUUAACCUUUUCAAAAGAUCUGGGCUUUUUCUCUCCUCCUUCUCCUCCCCCUCUUCUUCCACUUCCUGCUCCUCCUCCUCCUCCUAUUUCCUUAUUUCAUGGAUCACUCAGAAGUCACCUUUCCUUGCCUUUGCAGAAAAUAAGAUUUAACCAAAUCUAACAACAACAACAACAACAAAAUCACACCAGGAUAUCAGGCUGUUCUAGAGUCAAAAGGGCCUUGAGGAAUCAGUAAACAGCAGAAUUCUUGCCUUUCUUUCCAGGAAAGAAAAAAAAAAAAAGACCUUCACUUUAUCACUGUGUGGAAAUCACCUCAAAGCUAAAGAUGCAUGUAGCUGUGUGACUAGACAAGGGGGCUGCUGACUGGCAGGAAGUGCCCCAGCUGCCAGAUAUGCAAAUAGCGAGAGCUCUGUGUCUAGGAAGAAAACAGAGAGGUUUAGUAUGGCUGACUCAGAUCAUUUGUCUGAGGAGAAAUAAAAGGCUCACGAGUAGUUUA